UUUUACAAAUUGUUUUACCUUGUGCUUUACCUUAUAGGUAUGAUACUCGUAUUCAACCUUGUGCCAAAAAAAUGGAAGAAAGGCAACUUUCCAUAAAAAUAAUUAUUUGAGUUUACUAUGGAUCCUCCACUUGAUUCUCUCUAUCCAAAUUUAACAAGCUUUGAUGUGUAUUAACUAAUAAUUUAGAUAUAUUGCUGAAAGUUCUUUAAUAUUAUAAACUGGGGCCUAGAUGACACACCACUGUUGUGUCACAAUUACAAAACUAUUCCAUCCAAGUCGACCAAUCCAAACAUACAAUGGCAUGUCUAAUGAGAAUGUUUCCAUUGCAUAGUAACAAAAGUGCAUAAACGUUUUAUUGCAUUCUAUCUUUUAGAUUAUUUGUAUUUUGUAUGGGAUACAUAUUGAUCUGAACCCUAUUGAUGUUACAAACAAACAACUGGGACCAUGUUAUUACUACUAGGUAACAGUAUAAUGCUGCUUUAACUAAUUGUGAGAUAUUGCUGUCAAAAUAUAGAUAGUGAGAAAAUAAUGAGUUUGAUUCUCACUGCCUUUUAAGAGCACGAAGUAAAAGUUAUGAGAUAAUAAAAGUGGCACUAAGAGAAGUGUUAACAGAACAAUUUUCCUGUCUACAAGGCACUGCUGUAUGGUAGAUUGAAGUAUCCUGUCUUCUACUACUAUAGACUUCAAGUUGGCAAAUUGUUCUAAAUUUUUAAUCAUCAACAUGGAAAAAAAGCCUGGAGUGGUUAAGUUUGAAGAGGCAAUGGAAAUUGCAGGGUUUGGCAAAUACAGCUUAUUUAUCACAUUUCUGUCUGCCUUGACUCUGUUCACUUCUCUUCUGGGCUCAGCAGAUGUAUCCUUCCUGAUGCCUGCAGCAGAGUGUGACUUACAACUCUCCUCUCAGGACAAAGGGAUGCUCGGUUCUGCUUUCUUCAUGGGUAUGAUUGCUGCAUGUCAUCUUUCUGGAUUUCUCUCAGAUACAUUGGGAAGGCGUUACGUCUUAGUUAGAGGUUUAUCUUUAAACAUUUUCACCUACGUUCUAGGUGCCUUUUCUCCCAACUUCUUGAUGUUAUUCAUCCUUAAAGUUAUCUCUGGUGUUUUAUCAUGCCCCACAAUGAUUGCUACGAUUCCAUUUUUGGGAGAGUGUGUGCCAUCUUCAAAAAGGGCUCAGAGUGUUUUGAUCGCAACUGCUUUAUCUUUUACAAGCCUACUGUUUUCUUCCUUAGUUGGAUGGUUGACUCUGACUGCCGUUUGGGAAAUAGACAUUUGGUUUGUCAUUUUCAAACCUUGGAGACUAUUCUACCUCAUUUGUGGAUUGCCCGGGUGUGUGUGUGCUGUCCUUUACUACAUCAUAUCUGAAAGUCCAAGAUUUAUGAUAAACAGAGGCAGAACAGAAGAAACUAUGAUGGUUCUACAGAAAAUAUACAAAUUUAAUACUGGAAAUUCUGCUAAAAGUUAUCCUGUUCUGUUCGUUACAAUGGAUAGUGAGGAGGUGGAGCCACCAGUCCAAGGAAAAGGAGCUUUGGGAAUGUUGAAACACAUUUAUGAUCAAACAUCUCCAUUAUUUAAAAAGCCACACGUGAAAAAUUUGAUACUUUGUGUCAUUCUCAUGUUUGUGGCGUUCUUGAGUAUGAACUCAAUUCUUCUUUGGUUGCCAGAAGUGGCUAAUCGCAUUGCUUUCUCACGAGAACAGCAUGAGGAGAGUCAAAUGAUGUGCCAGAUGGUGAUGGUGCAGUAUUCUGCCAAUGCAACUACUACUGAAAAGUGCUCUGAAGCUAUUGACACAGCGGUUUUUCUACCUAACUUCAUACUUGGGAUUGUGUUUCCAGCUGUGAUGCUUUCCGCCAGUGUGAUAAUCAGGUUGUUGGAGAAGAAGUUGAUUUUAGUUAUCCUGAUGAUAGUGAACAGCAGUUUGUGUCUGCUUCUCACUUGGAUUCCAUAUCCUACAGUCAUCAUGGUGGUAUUUGGUGCAAUUCCAAUUCUCAGUGGCAUAUGCUACAAUAUCAUUUGUACCAUCUUGAUUGAGCUCUUCCCAACUUACAUAAGAGCAAUGGCAGUGUCUUUGACCAUCAUCUGUGGUCGACUUGGCUCCGUUAUUGGUUCUCAGAUGUUCAGCUAUCUCAUUGAUUCGCAUUGUUCACUUCUGCUGGAAUUGAUUGCAGUUCUGUUGUUAUGUUGUGCCCCUCUGCCAUUUGGUUUUGGAUUUAAGAAUGAAAAAUUCCAACAAUCAACCAUAGACAAGAGAGAAAUGUAAUUAAAUACAUAUGUCUAUUGUAUUUUUAAUGAAUUAAAACGUUAUCAACUAA